AUGGGCAAGAUCAUCUUCUACGAGGACAGGAACUUCGGUGGCCGCUUCCAUGAGUGCAUGAGCGACUGCUCUGACCUGCACUCCUACUUCAACCGCUGCCACUCCAUCCGGGUGGAGAGCGGCUGCUUCAUGAUCUACGAGCGCCCCAACUACAUGGGCCACCAGUACUUCCUGAGGAGGGGAGAGUACUCUGACUACCAGCAAAUGAUGGGAAUGACCGACUGCGUCAGGUCCUGCCGCAUGGUCCCUAUGUAUCAAGGUUCCUUCCGGAUGAGGAUGUACGAGCGCCCUGACAUGGGAGGCCAGAUGAUGGAUCUGAUGGACGACUGCCCCAACUUCAUGGACCGCUUCCACAUGUCCGACAUCCAUUCCUGUAAUGUGAUGGAAGGCCACUGGCUGUUCUAUGACCAGCCCCACUACAGAGGCCGGAUGUACUACAUGAGGCCUGGAGAGUACCGGAGGUACAGUGACUGGGGCGGGAUGAGCUCCAAGAUCGGGUCCAUCAGACGCAUCAUGGACCACUACUAA